AUGUCGCAUGACGCACACGGUAAAGAAGGCAGCGGCAACGGAACAAGGUCCGUGGGCUUCUCAGUACAACAUGCUGAAGGUCCUGUCACCACUGUUCAUGUCGGGACAGACGAAGAUAAGCGAACCUUCCGCAUACACUUGAAUCUGAUGAGAGACAACUCUGAGUAUUUCAACACAAUGUUCAUUCAUGGGUUCAAAGAGAAGGUCGACAACGAAGUCAUCCUCGAAGAAUACACCAGCGAAGCAUUCUCUAUCUUUGUCGAUUGGCUCUAUGUAGGCUUUCUUAAGCCAAGUCAUAAGUCUGACGAUCUGGUCGACGUCUGGAUCCUCGCCCAUUACAUUGGAUGCACACAGUUAGUGGACGAGACGCUGGAUCUUUUGAAGGAGCACCAUGACGACGGCGACAUGCUUAUCGAUGGCAUCGAAGAUCUUCAAAAAGCCGGUCAUGAAAAUAGCAAGCUGAUGCAAUACUUGGUCGAGGAGCUGGCUUACCGUCUUGCGCACGACUUCAACGGGACUUCCAAAAAGAGCUUUGACAAGAGUCCAUCCGCUAAGCGCCUCGCCUGGGCGGUGCAUAUGCGACUAAUGGAACAACUCGCUGCCUACAGCAGUGACACGAACCGUGCGGCUCCUUCCACAAUGCAGGACUGCACUUUCCAUGUACAUGAGAAAGAGCGUGGGGUGCAGUGCCCAGCAGCCGAUGCGAAGAGAAUGCGAGCUUGUAUCGAGAACAAUCACAAAGUUCUCCCGGUAUGGGAUCAGGACCACUGGUGA